CUUCAAAGGAAAAUGAGAUAUUCUUGGCCGCUUAUAUACACCUCUUAAACCCUAUUCCUUGGCAUCUGCCUCUCUCUCUCAGUUAGCAGAACCCUAGUUUCGAAGCUUUACUCCCCAGAAAUGGCUUUCUGCAAAAGUCUCGGUGGUCUAUUGAGGCAAGGUGCGGUUUCUCAGACCGGUAAUGUUCCAGUUCAGUCUAUGCUCGGUUCUCUCCGGUUCAUGUCUACCAAGCUUUUUGUCGGUGGUCUCUCAUGGGGUACUGAUGAUCAGUCAUUGAGGGAGGCCUUUUCCAACUUUGGUGAAGUGAUCGACUCUAAGGUCAUCGUUGAUAGAGAAACCGGGAGGUCGAGGGGUUUUGGAUUUGUCAAUUUCUCUGAUGAGAGUGCUGCUAAUGCUGCCAUUUCUGAGAUGGACGGAAAGGAACUGAAUGGACGCAACAUCCGAGUGAAUGUUGCCAACGAUAGACCAAGUGCUCCACGGGCUUAUGGAGGUGGUGGUGGUGGCUACGGUGGAGGUGGUGGCUACGGUGGAGGUGGUGGUGGCUAUGGAGGAGGUGGUGAUGGUGGUUACUAAACAGGGGAGCUUCUUGUGAAAAGAAGAAUUGAUCCUUCUGUUUGUUUUGGACUUCCGGUUGUUGUUUUAAAAAUUAAAUUGAGUCUGGUGUUUGUACCAAACCUUAAUAGGAUUUGUUUGAAACUCUUAAGUCAUUACUCUUAUCUAAGAGACGCCUUUUCACUC